AUGGGAGACCGUUGCCAUCAUGCAGUUUUUUCCAACGCUCUCUACUUGCCAGAUAAUCGUUUCCAAGAGGGAUGGCUGCCUCUUGGCUGCCUGGAGGAAGAGAGGAUCGCUCUCUUGCGCCUCAAACAUUCUCUCAACUAUCCCAAUGGCACCUCCCUUCCCUCCUGGAUAGAAGCUGACGCUCACUGUUGUUCUUGGCAACGUAUUGCCUGCAGCAGCAGUACAGGUCGAGUCACCGAGCUCCAUCUUUUGGGCGUGAGGAACGAGGAGCCGGGGGAUUGGUACCUAAACGCCUCCUUGUUUCUUCCUUUCCAACAACUCAACACUCUCUCCUUGUACCGUAAUCGAAUAGCUGGCUGGGUUGAGAAGAAAGGUGGUUUUGAACUAUCAAGAUUGAGCAAUUUGGAGAUCCUUGACUUGGGAUUUAAUCGCUUCGAUAACAGUUCAAGCAACUUGAGUACUCUGUGGCUAGGUAAUAUCACAACCUAUGGAAAUAGCUUCCAGUCACUAGGAUCAUUCCCAAACCUCACAAGACUUGAUCUAAGCUACAACAAUUUCAGAGGAAGAAAAUUAGGUGACGAUGAACACUCCCUUCAAAGCCUUGGAGAAGCACUGCCUUCUCUAAAAAAUCUGUCAUUGCAAGAACUUAAUGGCACUGUAUCUUAUACAGGCUUCCUUGAUCUAAAGAACUUGGAAUACUUGGAUUUAAGUUACAGUACUCUUAAUAAUAGCAUCUUUCAAACCAUCGAAAUGAUGACCUCUCUUAAAACAUUGAAAUUGAAGGAUUGCAAUCUAAAUGGCCAAAUACCUACAACCCAAGAUAUGAGUAACAAUGAUCUCAGUGGUUUCUUGCCUCCAUGUCUGGCAAAUUUGACUUCCCUUCAACAAUUAGAUCUCUUUUCCAAUCACUUGAAGAUCCCUGUGUCAUUGAGCCCAUUAUACAACCUUUCAAAACUCAAGUCUUUUGAUGGUUCAAGUAAUGAAAUAUACAUAGAAGAAAAUGAUCAUAAUCUGAACCCAAAGUUCCAGUUAGAGUUCCUCUCUUUGAAAGGUUAUGGACAGGGUGCGGGAGCAUUUUCCAAGUUCCUUUACCAUCAGGCGAACUUACAAUAUAUGGAUCUUACAAACAUCCAAAUGAAGGGAGAGUUUCCAAAUUGGUUGAUUGAGAACAACACAUACCUACAAGAACUUUAUUUAGAAAAUUGUUCUCUUUCAGGUCCAUUCUUAUUGCCAAAGAAUUCUCAUGUGAAUUUAUCCAUCCUAAGUAUAUCCAUGAAUCAUUUCCAAGGCCAAAUCCCUUCAGAAAUCGGAGCUCGUUUGGCAGGGUUAAAAGUUUUAUUUAUGUCUGACAAUGGUUUCAAUGGAAGCAUUCCUUUCUCGUUGGGUAACAUUAGCUCGUUGCAAGUGUUAGACCUGUCCAACAACAGCUUGCAAGGGCAGAUCCCUAGAUGGAUAGGGAAUAUAUCUUCUCUUAAAUUCUUGGACUUAUCAGAGAACAAUUUCUCUGGUCGUUUACCACGUAGAUUCGACACUUUUUCAAAUUUGAGAUAUGUUUAUUUAUCUAGAAAUAAGUUGCAAGGGCCGAUCACAAUGGCAUUUUAUGACUCCUUUGAGAUAUUUGCAUUAGAUCUUUCCCAUAAUAAUUUAACUGGUACAAUUCCAGAAUGGAUUGACAAGCUAUCUAACUUGGGAUUUUUACUCUUGAGUUAUAACAAUCUUGAAGGUGAAAUCCCAAUUCAAUUAUCCAGGUUGGACCAAUUAGUCCUGAUUGAUCUUUCUCACAACCACCUUUCUGGUAACAUCCUCUCUUGGAUGAUACCUACUCAUAAUUACCCAGUAGAAAGCACUUACUUUGAUUUUCUGGCCAUAUCUCAACAAUCCUUUGAGUUUACAACGAAGAAUUUUGACCGGACCAAUUCCACCAACAUUUUCGAAGUUAAAGGAAAUAGAGAGCUUGGAUCUUUCCUACAACAAACUGGAUGGAGAAAUCCCACCUCGACUUAUUGA